AUGCCAACAGAGGAUGCCGGAAAACGCUCUUUUAUUGCUAGACCUUUGAGUGCUACCAAGAAGGGUAGCCAUAGCAAUAAGAAACAAGACACUGCAAGUAGCGGUUCAAUAACGAAGGAACAAGUCACUAGUCCUGAUAAAACUGAUACAUUACAAGUUGAAAUAGCGCAAGAUGAGCAAGAAUCUUCAGUUACUGAUGCUAAAUAUGAAGAGACAAUGCAUGAGUUGGGACCUGAGAUUUUAGCAGUGGAAGAUAAGAAACCUAUAAGUAUUACAAGGCAGGCUGAACCAGAGAACAUCCCGGACGAGGAUGUUGUGACUAUUGAGUCGUACACAGUUCCAGAACAGCCAGAUGUCUCCCUUGAAGUAGAGAUGAAAGAAUUACCAGAAGACGAACCAAAGAUUGAAACCACCACAGGAAAUCAGCAGGAAUUAGAAGAGGACAUUGUAAAUGAAAACAAUCACACAGAAUCUGAUGAAAUUCUUGCAGAUAAUUCAAAAGCAGAAAUUGAAGAUAUGGGAGGAGCAAAAGCAUUGGAUGGAAGUGGAAGUAUUGAUUCUGAGGAACAAGAAAUGAAAGUAGUGGUUGAGGAAGUGAAGCUGGAGACUGACAAUGAGGAAUUGAAACAAGAAGACAACGAAAAGAAGAGGGAUUCCCUUGUUUCGAAUGAUGUAAUUGAGGAGACUGCAAGCUUGCUUCGCGAGCAGAGGAAAAAUAAGGUGAAAGCACUUGCCGGGGCCUUUGAAACUGUCAUAUCCUUGCAGGAGCCCAAUCACAUUUAUCAAGUCGAGCGCAAAUAUCAUGUUAUAAUAGGCCUAUCCUACAACUUCAUGUUUCUAACUUAUGGUUCUGUUAAACUGCAGAUCUUAUGUUCACAGAAGACUGAAGAUAGCCUUCAUUUGGAUGUUAUAACCAAGACUUAG